UAUGUUUCCAUUUCACAGACUUCCGAAAAAGGAUACCUUGCCUCGCCAAGUUUGAGUCGUCGUUCAAUGUCUCCAAGUCCCCGUCGACUGGAGAUGCAGAAGAAAAAGCAGAAUUCGCUGGAUUCGAAUUCACUUACAAAGACGACAGCGCCCGGUGGCAACAACGCGCAGGCUACGGGUUCUCAUCACCAGCACACCGUCCACUUUGAAUGCGAUCGAAACGUUUCGACAACUGCAAACGAUAUUAAGACUGAGUCGUCUGCCAAUCCGGAUGACAAAAGCAACAAAUACGAAAACAUUAGUGACAAUGGAAGCGAAAUAAGCGACGAAGGUUACCGGAGUCUGGGAGUCAUCCAAUCGAACAACGGUGCUACCCUAACGCAACAGAAACGGGUGUCUCUCUACAGCCAGGCCUCGAACGAAGAUGCAGAUUUAUGUGCGCAUCUCGAACAAAAUUCUUCGGAUAUUCAAGUGACGCCAACGGACGACAGUAAUUCAAAGAUUAACGACGAUGAUUCGACAACCAUUUCUGAUGAAGUUACUGCACGUUCAGACGAUAUCGAAAAGAUAGGCGAGCUCACGGAUGCUGUAGAUUCUGUUCCACAGUCUGAUAAUCAGUUUGCCAAAUCAGGAGUUUUCAUAACUGAUGACAAUAUCACAAUCGAUAUUGCCAGCAGCACCGGAUUGCGGAAGACUGGUUUUUCAGAGAACUUAUAUGAAGGGGUUAAUCCAAAAAGCACAGCAACUAAAAUACCAGCAUCUCCAACCCCUACGAGACGUAAAAGCAUUGACGGUGGCUCAAUGCAACCCCAAGACAAAACUUCGUCUCUGAACCGAAAAAUUCCAACCUAUCGAUCGGUGCGAAAAGCUACCCCAACAAAUGAUAAAGACAACAAAGAUAACACAUGGAGUGGCAGGACCACAAAACAACGCCCAGCUCUGACGGCGGAUACCUUCGACACCAAAGUCAAUAACUCGAACCCGGCAUUGUCUCGAAACUCGCCAGCCAGAACAUCUCAAUAUGACAAAAACGGAAGGCGAACUAAGCCCAGUAACUCCGUAAAUACUUCUCCCAGUAAAUGUAUCCAAUCGUCUGCUCUUGCGCAACAGCUCAUGGAAGCAGCAGCUAGUGCCCAAAAUGACUCUCAAAUGAUAGAAAAAGUUAAGAAAUUGCUCUCUAAAUACUCCGUCGGGCCACAGCCGUCAACAAAUGGGUCAACCAAUGAAACUAAUGAAUAUGAUGAUUUCACCACAGCUUGGGUGAACAACAAUGGAUUGGUCGAUCGGAAUAUGAGCAGUUCGCCAAAGAUGCUCUCGAAACGGAGCUCUUCCGUAUCUACCGCUUCAGAAGGCGCCAACUGCAAAGACAUACCCUCAGUCAUAUCGCCACGCCGCGAUAAAGGGAUGUCCAAAAUUCCUGCACCGGUUCGCUCAAACACAGGAUUAUACUGACACAGACGGAAUCGGUCAUUGAACGUUGUCGGUGCUAAAGUCUAGCUUCGUUAUUGGAUUUUCCGCGUAUAAUUGUUUAAAACUAAAGUAAGUUAUGCGUGAUUUGUUGACGAUGUCGCACAAUAUAUUUGAUAAGUACGUUACCAACUGCUCGAUCAAGAACUAUAUCACAGGCUACGGUGUAGUGAGAUUUGAUAGUAGGUAUUUGCAAUAUUUAGUAGCUUUGGAAAAUUGAUCUAAAAUUAUCAAGAAAUUCCAAGCAUAUGUAAAAGUCACUGGAAUGUAAAAAUUGAUUUUAAAAAUAUAACGUUUGAUUUUUAAAAAUAAGAAAUGUUCAUCAGAUCGGUUCAAAUAUGGCUCGAGAAUUCACUGGUAUUGGUCGAGAAUACACUGGAAAAAUUGGUAGCUUCUGGCUGGAAGACACACAAUUUGUCUAAUAUUUUAUUCGAGACAUGAGAUAGUUUUGUUUUAAAUUUUAAAUCAAUUGUAAAAAAGCUAACGUUUUGCAUUUUAUUUCACAGGUUCCAAAAUGUUUCCUUCAAUCUAUCGUUUCACUGUUAUUACAUACAAUCCUAGCUAUGCAAUAGCUUUGUCUGUUCGUGAGAAUAAACUAUUUUUUAAAUCAAUAUAAAUUUAAUGUAAGCAUCUGUUAUAAACAAAAUUGCAAUAAAUGGUACUGCUGUUAAAUCAAUUGACAUAUUCUCUGACAUAAUCUCAAGCCAUCAUAGACAUCAAAAGUCGAGCGAAUUAUCCUGCGUGUAAGACUAUAAAACACUAUUAUCAUUCUAGAGGUGCUUUUAAUUGUUUGUUUUAGAAAAAAAACUCGUUUAUGAGUUAAUGAAACUAUGGUCACGAAUCAGGUUGAUCGAAAACACAAAAGACAACUGAACGCAGCAGAAAGACUUAUACGAUAGAAGGAAAAUCUAGCAUGAAAUUUUGAAAACCUUAAUUAACAACCUAUACUAACUAUAUACACAUAACUCGCUAAAAGUAAUAUCUUUCCUACUAGAUAGAAAUUAUACUCAGUAACGUUACAGAAAUAAUAGACACUGUCAAUGAUUUACAAUCUUUAAACUCAGUUCAUACGAAAACAAAACAUGCAACUGCAUCACAGAACGUCCAUAGAACAGAAAGGCAAACAGUCAUCAAUAGUGCAAUCUAAACGCGCAAUAACAAUACAGCCAUAUUUAGUUUGAAUAAUAUAUUUAUGAAUAUCGUGCAUGUGCAUUGAACCCCAAUAUUUACUGCAGAUAGUGGCCAAUAAUCAUGGGAGAAAUAAAUCAACUAGCUACUACAUAAUACGUUUCAGUUUAUCAAUUUGAACUUGUAAUUUUUAAUAGAAAAAAAAAAACAAAUGCAUUGAUUUAUUUUUCCCAAGUUUGUUGUAAGCAUCAAGUUUGUGAUUUACAAUGAAAUGCGUCUUUGAAAUGUUUAUAGGCCUGCAUAUAAUUGAAGGAAGUUUUAAUAAAGAAAUUAUAACUG